CGAACACCAUAUUUCUUCCAUUCUAGUCUUUCCCGAUCAAAAAGUUAGCCAAAAAGGUGAGUGGUGUGGCGCACAUCACAGUCCUUGCUUGCAACAACCCCAAUUUCUCAUUCCAAGCCAUUCAGACAACACCAUGGCCGAGGAACUAGUAUCAGAAGCUCUCAAAGAGCCCAUUCCCAAUCCAACAAGCGAGGAGCAGCUGGAAAAUGAAGAAGAUGACUUCGACGAUAUCUUCGAGGACGACGACUUCGACCUGGACGGCCCCGAGGGCAGGUCGUUCAACCGACAGACAGCCAGCGGGCCCGCAGGCGCAGGCGCGGCCUCGAGAUCGAGCAAACCCACGGCGAACACACAGGCGAACGUCGACGACCAAAUAUCGGCCCUCUCGAAGCACGCCGCCAAGAUCCGCCUCGACGACGUCAAGCAGACCCAGGACCGCGACAAGGACAAGGCCGACCGCGCCACGAGCGAGCUCGUGCUGGACCAGCGCACGCGCAUGAUCCUGCUGCAGCUCAUCAACCGCGGCGUCGUCUCCGAGAUCCACGGCGCCAUCAGCACCGGCAAGGAGGCCAACGUCUACGGCGCCGUGCUGCACCCCGACGACGGCUCCGAGCCCGCGCAAAAGGCCAUCAAGAUCUACAAGACGGCCAUCCUGGUCUUCAAGGACCGCGAGAGGUACAUCACCGGCGAGCACCGCUUCAAGGGCGGCUCCGAGAAGGGCAACAACAGGAAGAUGGUCAAGCUGUGGGCCGAGAAGGAGUUCCGCAACCUGAGGAGGAUACACUCCGCCGGCAUCCCCUGCCCGGAGCCCAUCUCGCUCAAGCUGCACGUGCUGGUCAUGGACUUCCUGGGCGACAGGAAGGGCUGGGCGUACCCACGGCUUCGGGACGCCCAGGUCUCGAGCGACGACGAGUGGAGGGACCUCUACGUCCAGCUGCUCGGCCUGAUGAGGCGCAUGUACCAGGUCUGCAGGCUGGUCCACGCCGACCUGAGCGAGUACAACAUCCUCUACCACGACCAGACGCUGUACAUCAUCGACGUGUCGCAGAGUGUCGAACACGACCACCCCCGGUCCCUCGAGUUCUUGCGCAUGGACAUCAAGAACGUAGGCGAUUUCUUCCGGCGCAAGGGCGUCGACACCCUGGCAGACCGCACAGUUUUCGACUUCAUCAUCGAGUCACAAGGACCGGUCGAGGGGGCCGAGAUGAAGCACACCGUCGACCUGCUCUACCAGUCGAGGCCCGCGGUCGCCGACGAUGACCAGGCCGCCGCGGAGCAAGAAGUCGACAACGAGGUGUUCCGGAACCAGUACAUCCCGCAGACGCUCGAGCAGGUGUACGACAUCGAGGCAGACGGGCGGAAGCUCGGCACAGGGGAGGGCGACUCCCUGGUCUACAAGAACCUCCUUGCCGACCAGGUCGUCCUUUCCAAGGACGCCCCAGAUGAUGCUGCGCAAGGUAGCGCCGACUCGGAUGACGAUUCCGACGACGGCGCAUCAUCAGGCGGGAGCGGAAGCGAGGCCGGCGAAGGCGAUGGUCGCCCACGUGGAAAGAGGUUCCUGGACAAGGACGAGAAACGGGCCCAUAAACAAGCGGUCAAAGAGGAGAAGCGCGAGAAGAGGAAAGAAAAGAUGCCAAAAUCUGUAAAGAAGAAACUGGUAAACUCAACAUCCAGAAGAAAGAAAUAGACAAGUCAGCCUGCUCCCAGCAGCCUGCCUACUUUGUCAUCAACGGACAUUGCCCCAAUAUCACCCUUUUCAUGUCCGAGUCGUGACACAGGAAUGCAGCACUCGGAUGAAGAAGCCAAAAACUACUGGGACAGGCUUGUUUCGGAGCGUUCCGACCCCCGAGGAGGAACAUCUGAACUUGCCUGAUCCUGGGUCUGACGGUCUUUCGAGGCCGGUUGAUGACCAAAGAGAGCCCUGACGAUGUGUUGCUUCCAUUGAAAUCACCGCGCCCCCCCCCCUUCUCAUUUUCUACUUGUUGCUGCACCUAGCGUGCAAUAAAGCCUGGAAAGAGGCACGAAAACAGUCAGGCUUCAGGCCUUUUUACUCGUUACAGUGACGGGCCACCCCCAUUCCAAUCAUUUCCCACCUUCUCAUGCCUUGUUUUGUCUCGACAAUAAUUCAAUCACGAAGACAUAGAAAGUCAUUGAGAUCGGGGGUCCUGGUACCUUUUCUAUUCCGAGCUCAAGUUCUGCACUCAGCAUGACAGCGUCAUCCCGCCAUCCAGGACCAGCCCGGUCCCAGUUGUAAAACUGGACCUCGGACUGCACAGGAAGAUGACGGCAUCAGCUGCCUCCUCCGGCCUCCCCAGGCGUUUCAUUGGUAUCGUAGCCAGCAGGGCCUCCUCCAGGCCUGGAGCCACGUCUGUUGCGCGCCGGGUCAUCGGGGUGUCUGUCCAGGUGGGGCAGACGCAGUUGACCCGGAUAUUGUUGGGUGCGUUAUCCAGCGCUGUGGUUUUGUCAGUCACCCAGUUGGUAUAUACAGAGGAUCACAGGAUGACGGAAAGGAAAAGUGACCUACCAGCAGUCUUGGUUAUUCCGAGGAUGGCAUGCUUGCAAGAGGUGUAUUGACUAAUCGGAAACGAACUCAUCAGCAAGCUCAACCACCAUAUAAACAAAUAAAUAAAUCAACCAUGAAACUUACACCAUGUUGGGGACUGCCAUGAAAGACGACACCGAUGCCAAAAUGACAAUGCUUCCUCGGCUGCUCCCCCGGGCAGGAUCACG